AAGCGAGCCCUGCGUGCGUCACGCGCUCCAUCUAUUGGGUUCGCUCCUGUCUGCCGUUCAUUUCCUGGAAGGAUGUUGGCUGCCACCGCCGCGGGGACGCUGCUGUCGGUGAUGUCACUGGUGUCGCUGGUGUCCGUGGUGUCUGUGAGUCUGGGAUUACUGGUGACCAGUGGCCCUGUGAGCGGAUAUGUGUUCGGGGACGCGCUGGACCGAGGCUCAGUAAGUCUCAAUGAAAUGUUUCGAGAGGUGGAAAUGCUGAUGGAGGACACGCAGCACAUCCUGGAGGAGGCGGUGGACCAGAUAGCUACUGAGAAUGUCAAGUCCUCCUUGACGUCACUGGACCUACAUCUGAACUACAACAACGAAACUACGAGGACGGGGAAGGACGGACAUAUUAAGGUCCUGGACAGGACUAUUGAGGAGACUAAUAAUAGAACAGGAGAGACUCAUGUAUCACAUAUCCACAUGGAGAUGCCUGCGCAGUGGAACAGCGUGGACCAUGAGUGCAUGGUGGAUGAGGACUGUGGUGACCUGAAGUACUGCCUGUAUGAAAUUGAAAACUCAAAGUGCCUUCCAUGCAUACCAACUGAUAUGCCGUGCACUAAGGAUGAGGAGUGCUGCUCAGAUGAGCUGUGUGUUUGGGGUCAGUGUACAGUGAACGUCACCAGAGGAGCAGAGGGAACCAUCUGUCAGUCCCAGAGUGACUGCAGGUCCACCCUGUGCUGUGCCUUCCAGAGAGAGCUUUUAUUUCCUGUGUGCAACCCCAGACCAGAGAGGGGGGAGUCCUGUCUGAGCCACCCCAACCUGCUGAUGGACAUGUUGGCUUGGGAUCCAGAGAGUCCUCAGGACCACUGCCCCUGUGCCCCCGGCCUGCAGUGCCAACCUCAUGGGCGUGGAUCUCUUUGUGGAGAGUAGAUCAACACCCAGACAACAUUGAAGGAAGAUGUAUAUAAAAGAAAGACCAAAAACAGUGUCAUUAUACAUAAUCUACAAAAAGGACCCAUAUAAUCCUGUCCAGAAGUUAUACUUAGUACAAUGCAAGACAUGUAAAAGAAGUUCAAAAGUUCAGUAAAUAAUGUGUUAUAUCUGGACCGACUUUCUGAUUGCACUGAUUUGGGGGUCACUAAAAAGGCGUUACACAACCAAUACCUAUUUUAUAGUGUGAUGGAAAUAAAGCACUUUCCAUCCAUCCAUUGUCCAAACCGCUUAUCCUGCUCUGUGUCGCAGGGAUGCUGGAACCUAUCCCAGCAGUCAUAGGGCGGCAGGCGGGGAAACACCCUGGACAGGCCGCCAGACUAAAGUACUUUUUUGUUUGUUUAUUUGUUUGUAUUUGUCUUGACUGAUAAACGAGGAAAAAUCUGUUGUGGUGUUUUCUGAAUAAACUUGGAG